AUGUUGCCUGAAGAUGAUAAAUCUUUUGUGAGGGAUUUUGAGCCUAGGCCCAGUAUCACAACCUAUGUUGGUAACCUCAAGCCUGAAGAUGAGAAAUCUUUUGUAAGAGAUUUUGAGUCUAGGCCUAGUGCUACAUCUUAUGUUGGUAACCUCAAGCCUCAAGAUGAGAAAUCUUUUGUGAGGGAUUUUGAACCUAGGCCCAGUGUCACAUCUUAUGUUGGUAACCUCAAGCCUGAAGAUGAGAAAUCUUUUGUGAGGGAUUUUGAGCCUAGACCCAGUAUCACAUCUUAUGUUGGUAACCUCAAGCCUGAAGAUGAGAAAUCUUUUGUGAAGGAUUUUGAGUCUAGGCCUAGCGCUGCAUCUUAUGUUGGUAAUGGUAAGCCUAUAGGUGGGAAAUCAAAUGCUUACGAUUUUGAGCAAAGACCUAAUGUUUCAGCAUACACUGAUGACGUUAGCUCCAAGAAGGAGAAAUCAAAUGCUAAUGACUUUGAGCCAAAACCUAAUGUUUCAGCAUAUACUGAUGAUAUUAGCUCAAAGAAGGAGAAAUCUUAUGGGGAAGAAUUUGAGUCAAGACCUAAUGUUUCAGUAUACACUGGUGAUGUUAGCUCAAAGAAGGAGAAAUCUUAUGGUGGAGACUUUGAGCCACGACCCAAUCUUUCAGCAUAUAGUGACGAGUGA